UCUGACGAUUACCAGCAACCUAUCAAGCUCUCUUUCGCAACCUUUUGACGAUCUCAGCUCAGUACUCGAGUAACAACCUGUGACCUGCUUGUGGCGAUUUCGCGAUUUAUUGGCGAGAAUCGCAACUGUCAAUAUCAGCUCCUUCUAGCCGCUUCUGUUGGACCUGCUCUUGCUCACCUGUCUCCAUUACUUAUCCGUUCUGUUGAGUCUCGAGAUUUCAUCUCCUAGGUUCGUUCCUCCUGCGACUUCGGCAUUUUCCGCAUCCCUGCACGGACUAGCGAGCUCUUACCAAGAGCUUUCAAAUCUGUCUGCCUGAAUCCUGCUCUCCGACGCUCCUCUUCACACCACAUCUCACGUUUGUUCUUCGUCAAAGAACAAUGGCUGCCGUUUCUCAGUCCGUCCACGCGGCUGCCCAGGGCCUGAAUGGCCUCCGCGUGUCAGGCCCGGCCCAGAAGGCCACCGGCGUUCGCAACGCCAACUUCUUCUCUGGGUCCAGCUCGCUCAAGGCCGCCAUUGCAAAGAAGGCUGCCAGGUGCAAGGCUUCUGGCUCUCAAUCCGGCGGACGCCUCUUCGUCGUCUGCGAGAAGGUGGUGGGAAUCGAUCUCGGGACCACUAACUCGGCCGUCGCAGCCAUGGAGGGCGGCAAGCCGACGAUCGUCACCAACGCCGAGGGCCAGCGCACGACGCCGUCCGUCGUCGCAUAUACGAAGAACGGCGACCGGCUUGUCGGACAGAUCGCCAAGCGCCAGGCGGUCGUGAACCCCGAAAACACCUUCUUCUCGGUGAAGAGGUUUAUCGGCCGCAAGAUGGACGAGGUUAAGGACGAGUCGAAGCAGGUGUCGUACCAUGUGAUCCGCGACUCGAACGGGAACGUGAAGCUCGAUUGCCCCGCGAUCGGGAAGCAGUUCGCCGCGGAGGAGAUUUCCGCGCAGGUUCUUCGCAAGCUCGUCGACGACGCGUCGAAGUUCCUCAACGACAAGGUGUCGAAAGCGGUGGUGACCGUGCCGGCGUACUUCAACGACAGCCAGCGCACGGCGACCAAGGACGCGGGGCGCAUCGCGGGCAUCGACGUGCUGAGGAUCAUCAACGAGCCCACCGCCGCGUCGCUCGCGUACGGGUUCGACCGGAAGAGCAAUGAGACGAUCCUCGUGUUCGACCUCGGCGGCGGUACCUUCGAUGUGUCUGUGCUGGAGGUGGGCGAUGGCGUGUUCGAGGUGCUGUCGACCUCCGGCGACACGCACCUCGGAGGUGACGAUUUCGACAAGCGCAUCGUGGACUGGCUGGCGGAUGCGUUCAAGCGCGACGAGGGCGUGGACCUGACCAAGGACAAGCAGGCGCUGCAGCGCCUUACCGAGGCAGCGGAGAAGGCCAAGAUGGAGCUCUCUACCCUCACCCAGACUUCCAUCAGCCUGCCGUUCAUCACGGCUACCGCUGACGGCCCGAAGCACAUUGACACGAACCUCACACGCGCCAAGUUCGAGGAGCUCUGCUCCGACCUGCUCGACAGGUGCAAGACCCCCGUCGAGACUGCUCUGCGUGACGCCAAGCUCAACUACUCGGACCUCCAGGAGGUCAUCCUGGUUGGCGGUUCCACCCGCAUCCCAGCGGUCCAGGAGCUGGUGAAGAAGCUCACAGGGAAGGACCCCAACGUCUCAGUCAACCCCGAUGAGGUGGUUGCUCUCGGCGCUGCCGUCCAGGCCGGAGUGCUGGCGGGUGAAGUGUCCGACAUUGUCCUCCUGGACGUGACUCCCCUGUCUCUGGGUCUCGAGACGCUUGGAGGUGUGAUGACCAAGAUCAUUCCGAGGAACACGACCCUCCCCACGUCCAAGUCCGAGGUUUUUUCGACGGCGGCCGACGGGCAGACGAGCGUCGAGAUCAAUGUGCUGCAGGGCGAGCGUGAGUUUGUCCGCGAUAACAAGUCCCUCGGGAGCUUCCGGCUGGACGGCAUCCCCCCCGCCCCCCGUGGCAUCCCCCAAAUCGAGGUCCGGUUCGACAUUGACGCGAACGGCAUUCUCUCCGUGCAAGCCUCGGACAAGGGCACGGGCAAGAAGCAGGACAUCACUAUCACUGGCGCGUCCACCCUCCCCAAGGACGAGGUGUCCAAGAUGGUUGAGGAGGCGGAGAAAUUCGCCGCAGAGGACAAGGAGAAGCGGGAGGCUGUGGAUGUGAAGAACCAGGCGGAUUCGAUCAUCUACCAGACGGAGAAGCAGCUCAAGGAGUUGGCGGACAAGGUGCCGGCAGAUGUGAAGGCGGGCGUUGAGGCCAAGGUGGCGGACCUGAAGGCGGUGGCUGGCGGGGAGAACAUCCAGGCAAUCAAGGAUGCGAUGAACGAGCUCAACCAGGAGGUCAUGAAGCUUGGUCAAGCCGUGUACUCUCAAGGAGGAGCUGCAGGUGCUGAGGGUGCUGCCCCUGGCGCUGGCCCCACACCUGGCGGUGGUGCUGCUGGAGGCAACCCAAACGAUGUGAUCGAUGCUGAUUUCACGGACUCGAAAUGAGAUGUGCAGGAGGAGAUUUGAAAUGAGCAGACAAUCUUGGAAAUGGGGUGAACAAUAGUGGAUAGUAUGGUGCUGAGUUCAGCACUUAGAGCCUCCUUGUACUCUGGUUUUGACCCGGUGUGGUAGGGUUUUAACCUCUUUUUUUAGUACACCGGAAUUUUACAUCUGAUUUUUUCGCA